AUGGCAGAAUCAUCCUCUUCCAACCAACACUCCACCAUUGAUCCCUACAAAUUUCUCAAUAUCAAUCUCAACUCCAACAGUUCCUUAACAAGAUACGACAUUGUCCCCACCGUAGCAGCCUCAACCGAUCCCAACAAAUCCCGUAGCAUACACGCUCUCUCCAAAGACAUAACCUUAAACACCUCCACCAAAACCUCCAUACGUCUCUUCCUCCCACACACCCCAUCACCAUCCGGAAAACUCCCCCUCAUUCUAUACUUCCAUGGCGGCGGUUUCAUCCAGUACCACAACUCCUCCCAUAUCUUCCACCACUCUUGUUCCAUAUACACUUCCAAUAUCCCCGCUGUUUUCGCUUCCGUUGACUACCGUCUCUCGCCGGAGCAUCGUCUCCCCGCCGCCUACGAAGACGCCGUCGAAUCCCUCCUCUGGCUCAAAUCCCAAGCAGAAAAUCCAAAAGAAUCUGAUCCAUGGAUAAAAAACCACGUAAACUUCGAUAACUGUUUCAUAAUGGGACUCGGAGCUGGAGCUAACAUCGCCUACUUUUCGGCUCUACGUACACUCGACCUCGAUCUGUCACCUUUGAAAAUCCAAGGGCUGAUAUUAAACUGUCCGUUAUUCGGUGGGGUCCAGAGAACAAAAUCUGAGCUUCGUUUAUUCGACGAUCAUAUACUACCCUUACCUGUGGCUGAUCUCAUGUGGAGCCUCGCUUUACCUGAGGGUGCAGAUCGCGACCACGUGUACUGUAAUCCGACGGUUGCAGAUGAGGUGUAUGGCGAGAAGAUCGGACGGUUGCCGAGGUGUUUGGUUAGUGGGUACGACGGGGUUCCUCCUCAACCGGAUUCUCUUGUGAGAUACUGUGGGGAUCCGUUGGUAGAUAAACAAAGGGAGUUUGUGAAGAUUUUGAAGGCACGUGGGGUGCACGUGGUGGAGUGUAUUAUGGAACAUGGGUUUCAUGCUAAGGAAGUGUUUGAACCUUUUAUGAAUUAUGGAAUGGAUUUGAUUGAGGCCGUUAAAAAGUUUGUAGGUAGUUGAUAAAGUUCUCUAUGACUCUUACAAUGAGGAUGCAUGUUUCUUAUUUCCUUCUAAAUUAAUAUUAAUU